UUUGAGGCUACUUUUGAAUCUCAGAGCCUGCUGGAGAGAUUUGAGUUCGUGAUUGAUUUCCCACAGGAACAGCGUCGCGGAACAGUCGAGGAACUCCAUUCGAACUGAAUGGAUUGGCAUGGGGAAGAGCGGAUCUCAAAACCGGGCUAAUCGGCGGCUUUGGGUCUCGAUAUAUCUUGUGAUGGUUUUCCUUUCCUUGUGGCUCGGACCAGUGCACUGCCAGCAGUGCCGGAUCCAGCGCUGCAAUGCAGAGUACGUGGCCUCAACGUCGCCCUCUGCUGGCAUGCAGGAGGAACCGCAGGCCAGCGUGGACUACUGCAUAGCGCUGCGUGCCUACUCCCUGUGCACCCGCCGCACGGCGCGCGGUUGCCGGGGUGACCUGGUCUACCACUCAGCUGUCUUCCGCAUCAAGGAGCUCUUCUCCCAGCACAACUGCUCCAGCGACGGCCCCACGUCCUCGGCCAAGGCGGCCGCCACCUCGCCGCCCACCGCGUCGGUGCUGUGCGACUACGUGAGCCGGACACUGGCCCCACAGGGGAAGUACGCCCACUGCGGGCUGUUCGGCGACCCGCACCUGCGCACGUUCAGAGACGAGUUCCAGACCUGCAAGGUGGAGGGCGCCUGGCCCCUCAUCGAUAACCACUACCUGUCCGUGCAGGUGACCAAUGUGCCCGUCGUGCUGGGCUCCAGCGCCACAGCCACCAGCAAGAUCACUGUGAUCUUUAAGGCUUUCCGUGGCUGUACGGAGCAGAAGGUGUACCAGGCCACCACGGAGGACCUGCCUUGUGCUUUCCUGGACGGGACCCGCAGCAGCGGGGAGGGGGGCAGCUUGUGGAUCGGCGAGCGGGACGGCGCGGGGGGCCGGCAGGUGCAGAUCCAGGCCCGCUACAUCGGGACGUCCAUGAUCGUGCGGCGGGUGGGCCAGUACCUGACCUUCGCCGUGCGCAUGCCGGAGGACGCGCUGGGCUGGGCGGAGGAGAGCGGUGGGCUGCAGCUGUGUCUGCACGGCUGCCCGCGGAGUGAGCUCAUCAGGGAACACAUGCUGAGCCGUCCGGCUCCCAGCCCCGCCCCUGGCCCCACCCCUGCCCCUGCCACGCCCCACCGCCAGGCCUACAGCGUGGAGCGGGCCGCCGCCAUGUGCCGGGAGACCCUGCAGGUAGAGGACGUGUACUUCCAGUCCUGUGUCUUCGACCUGCUCACCACGGGGGACCCCGAGUUCUCCCUGGCUGCUUUCGGGGCUCUGGAGGACCUCAAGGCCCUGCCCCCCAGCAGGCUCAAACAGAGCUCCCCCAGGACACCCCGACUCUCUAACACCGCCCCGCCCGGGACAGGCGUCAGGCCCGCCACCCUCAUCCCCCUCCUGGCCUGGCUGAUCCCAGCUCUGCUGCUCUUGUAA